ACCCUUGGAGACGGGACGCUCCCGGCUCCAGGCAUCUGUUCUCUGUCUCCACCAUUGGGAAAAGUUGACCAGGGCUUACCAUGGAAGAAAAACAGCCGCAGGAAGAGGAAAAGAGCCAGUCCCGCAGGCAGAGCCAGGAGAAGCGGGAGGCUCAGGAGAGGCAGGAGGCAGAGGAGAAGCGGGAGCCGCCGGAGAGGCGGCGUACUCUGUCCCAGACCCCAUCAGCGACGGGGACAGCUGAUAUUUCAGCUCGCGGGUCCCGAAUCAGCCUGGGGGUGCCAUUGCCCCAACUGAGCCCGCGGGGGUCACUGCCCCAACUGAGCUCGCGGGGGUCACUGCCCCAACUGAGCCCGCGGGCCUCAUUGUCCCAAUUGAGCCCGAGGGCCUCAUUGGCUCCGUUGAGCCCAGGAGAGCCAGGGUCCCUAGGCAGUCUGGGGGCCCCAGGUGAAGAUGAAGCAGAGGGUGAGGUGUUGGAAAUCGCCUCGCAGGGAGAGUCCCGGCACCUGGUGGGUAUGGCUCAGAGUCACGUCAGCAUGCCUGAGACCUAUGGCCACAUAGAUGGAUCUCAGUUUGGGCUCUUCCAGCCAUUGGACCUGCGCGGCAGCAACGCGUUUCAGCCCGAGCCCGUGCUGUCUUCCAGCAGCUUCCUGGAAGGGGAGGAGGAGGGGUCCCAUGGCCCCUAUGCCAUCGACGACCCGCGGUUCAGAGGUUCUCACAUGGAGCUUGGGUUCGGGCCCUUGGACUACGAGCUGCCUGAGCCUGAGCCCCGGGAAUUGAUGAUACAGAAUGCCAAGGCCUAUCUGCUGAAGACCAGCGUCAAGUGUGACCUCAGCCUGUACGAGCACCUGGUGAACUUGCUGACCAAGAUCCUGAAUGAGCGGCCAGAGGACCCCCUGGCCAUCUUGGAGUCCAUGAACCGGACAGUCCAGCAGGAGUGGUUCCACAAGAAGCUGGAUACCCUGAGGGACGACCCAGAGAUGCAGCCCACCUAUGAUAUGGCCGAGAAGCAAAAGAUGCUGUUCCUCCGUGGGGCAGGAGAGGGCGAGCAGGAGAUGGAAGAGGAGGUGACGGAGAUCCCGGUGCCCAACAUCAUCGAGUCCUCCUUCUACUUCGAGCAGGCGGGCGUGGGGCUGAACUCGGACGAGACCUUCCGCAUCUUCCUGUCCCUCAAGCAGCUGGUGGAGCAGCAGCCCAUCCAGACGUGUCGCUUCUGGGGCAAGAUCCUGGGCCUCGAGCGCAACUACCUGGUGGCCGAGGUGGAGUUCCGCGAGGGCGAGGAGGAGGAGGAAGAGGAGGAGGCCGAGGAGCUGGUGGAGGGGGCGGUCGAGGGGGUGGAGGGCCGCGGCGAGGAGGAGGGCGAGGAAGAUGAGAAAGAGGUGGACGAGCCUCCCAAGCCCACGUGGAAGCCGCCUCCCCCGAUCCCCCGCGAGGACAGCCGCACCGGGGCCAACAAGUACCUAUACUUCGUGUGCAAUGAGCCGGGACGCCCCUGGACCAAGUUGCCCCACGUCACGCCCGUGCAGAUCGUCAACGCGCGCAAGAUCAAGAAAUUCUUCACGGGCCACCUGGAAACGCCCAUCGUCAGCUACCCGCCCUUCCCCGGCACCGAGGCCAACUACCUGCGGGCUCAGAUCGCGCGUAUCUCGGCGGGCACCCAGAUCAGCCCGCUCGGCUUCUACCAAUUCGGGGAGGAGGAGGGCGACGAGGAGGAAGAGGGCGGCGCUGGGCGCGACAACUACGAGGAGAACCCGGACUUCGAGGGGAUCCCCGUGGGAGAGCUCGUGGACUCGCUGGCCAACUGGGUGCACCACACCCAGCACAUCCUUCCGCAGGGUCGCUGCACCUGGGUGAAUCCCAGCCAGAAGUCUGAGGAGGAAGAGGAGCUGGGGGAGGAAGAGGAGAAGGCAGAUGAACCAGAGGAGGUGGAACAGGAAAUUGGACCCCCCCUCCUGACCCCACUGUCUGAAGAUGCAGAAAUCCUGCAGUUGGCCCCCUGGACAGCCCGCCUCUCCUGCACCCUCUGCCCUCAGUACUCGGUGGCAGUGAUGAGAUCUAACCUGUGGCCCGGGGCCUAUGCUUAUGCCACUGGCAGGAAAUUUGAGAACAUCUACAUUGGCUGGGGCCACAAGUACAGCCAGGAGAACUUCAACCCCACCCUUCCACCACCCGUGCAGAUGGAGUACCUCACGGGGCCUGAGACCAUGGAGAUGGCCGACCCCACCGUGGAAGAGGAGCAGGCUUUGAAGGCUGCCCAAGAGCAGGCCCUGGCGGCAGCAGAGGAGGAGGAGGAGGAUGAGGAGGAUGAGGAAGAUGAAGAUGCUGAUGACUAAGGGGGGGGAUUUCUUACCUUGUGAAUAUUUAUUUAUUACUUAGAGAAUUAUUUAUUUUCUACAUUGG